GGGGAGGGGCUCUCGUGCCCCUCGUAGCAGUUGCUCUCUCGGAUGCAACGGGUAGGAGGCAGUCACUCCACUGGGCAGCAAGAGCCGGGGGAGAACCGGGUGGCACCCCGAUGUCCCAGCGUGGCUUUGACUGAAAGAGAUCAAGUGACCACACUACCCGUGAGGCUGCUCAAGAAUGAUCUGGGUCUGGUGCCGGGCAAUAGCUGUGUGGAUGCAAGUUUCCAGAUGAAGAUGGAUGCCCAAGGCUUUGCUCCGGAGGAUCUGAUGGUGCGGGUGGAUGGCCAGAACCUGACAGUGACUGGUCAGCGGCAACAGGAAUCGAAUGACCGGGCCAAGGGCGGUUACCGCAUAGAGCAGACAGUACACCGGCAAAUGCAGCUCCCACCCAACUUAGAUCUUGCAGCCAUGACCUGCAGCCUGACACCCUCUGGCCAUCUGUGGGUCCUGGGACAAAACAGGCCACUACCUCCUCCUGAAGCCCCAAAAGGCCAGGCCCCGAGACUCAAGAGCCGGGGACAUAAGGGCUCCAAGUGAUCCUGACCCAUUAAACAAUCGAGUUGUGCAACA